AUGAUCUCAUCCUCCUCCUCCUCCUCCGCUCCUUCCUCUUCCUCAGCGUCCGCUUCACGGAUAAAACUGCGGCCCGGUCCGCCCACCCAGGCCCGGAACAAGUGGCGGACCGGCGCUCAAGAGCGGAUCUACGGGCGCCGCCUCGUCGAGGCCCUCCGCUCCUCUCGGGCCGGCCGCUCGGCCGCAGCAGGCGGCGCCCGGGCCGUCAAGGAGGCGGCCGACUCCGCCCUCGCCCUCACCGCCCGCGGACAGUCUCGGUGGAGCCGGGCCAUCCUCUUCGGCCGCUUCCGCCGGCGCAAGCUCCUCCUCAAGGCCGGCGGCAAGGUCCGGCGGCGGCGGCGUGCAAGGCCGGCCGGGAAGUUCGCAGCGCUGCCUCAUCCACCGGCGGCGCUGAAGGGGAAGAAGGUGAGGGAUCGGCUCCGUGUGCUGGCCCGGCUUGUGCCGGGGUGCCGGAAGCUGUCGGCGCCGAGCCUGCUGGAGGAGGCGGCAGACUACUUGGCGGCGCUGGAGAUGCAGGUGAAGGCGAUGCGCACCCUCGCCGACGCCCUCUCGGCUGCAGCGCUCUCCCCUCCUUCUCCGCCGCCGCCGGCUGCCGCCGCCCCCGAACCGGAGAACUGA